AUGGUGCUAGGUCUCUUCCACGUGUCCGUCAUCAUGAAUAGGUUAUCUCCGGUCACCGGAAUAUUAACGUCGUGUCCGUGCUCGUUCAAGCUUAAUAACAGAGACAGUAAACUGUUCGGUUUUGGGUUUGGGUUGCAAAGAAAGGAGAGGUUAAAGAGAAAGCUCAAGUUUGUCGUCAGUGCGGAGUUAUCCAAGUCUUUCUCUGUGAACUUGGGUUUGGACUCUAAGAAGAUAGGUCAGUCUCAUGAUCUAUCACAAUUGUCCUGGAUUGGUCCAGUUCCGGGGGAUAUUGCUGAACUUGAGGCUUAUUGUAGAAUUUUUCGAGCAGCUGAACGGCUUUAUGCUGCAUUGAUGGAUACAUUAUGCAAUCCAUUGACUGGGGAGUGUAAAAUUUCUUAUGAUUUUCCGUCAGAGGAAAAGCCACUAUUUGAAGAUAAAAUAGUAUCUGUGCUUGGCUGCAUUGUAUCGCUUUUGAAUAAAGGAAGAGAAGAUGUUCUUACUGGAAGAUCUUCCAUCAUGAGUUCUUUUCAGGGUGCCGAAGUAAGUGUGAUGGAAGAUAAACUUCCACCGCUAGCCAUUUUCAGAAGCGAGAUGAAAAGGUGUUGUGAGAGUUUGCAUGUUGCGCUUCAAAACUUUUUGACACCUGACGAUGAUCGAAGCCUGGAUGUAUGGAGGAAACUGCAGAGGCUGAAGAAUGUUUGUUAUGAUUCUGGUUUUCCCCGUCGUGAUGAUUAUCCUUGUCAUAUGCUUUUUGCAAAUUGGAAUGCUGUUUAUUUAUCCACUUCUAAAGAAGACCUGGCGUCCAAAAAUUCUGAGGUCGUAUUUUGGAGUGGUGGGCAGGUAACGGAGGAAGGUUUAAACUGCUUACUGGAGAGAGGAUUCAAGACCAUUGUAGAUCUUAGAGAAGAAAUCAUUAAGGAUAAGUUAUAUGAAGCAGCGGUAGAUGAUGCUAUUGCAGCAGGGAAAGUUGAAUUGAUUAAAAUUCCUGUUGAAGUUGGGACAGCACCUUCUAUGGAGCAGAUUGCAGAAAAAGCCCAUCUAUCUCCACAGCAAGGAAGGAGUGCGGAGAACUUCUGCUAUGGUCUCCAGAUGGAGGCAGUAUAUGACUCGCACAUCUCAGAUUACCACUCCGAGAGAUAUGGGACUACGAGAUGCAAACAAAAAGGGAGGAAGGCUGGGACCUUCCAUCAUUGGAGGGGGUCCCUCCCAGAACAGGAAAAUGGAUCUCUACCAGAGGCUUUGGACAAAUAUCAUGGUUCAAAUGGAAUGUCUAAUGAAGCUGUCUCUCCGAAGGAUGAAAAUGGUCAGAGCAUUAAUGGGGCAUACAAGUUUAAUGCUUCUGUUCAGGGUUCGAGUCCAUUAGAAAUGGUAGAUAAUGAGGUAGGAUCUUUAGCAAACAUCUCCAUGAUAACUGACCCUCUGAAGGCUCAGGUUCCUCCUUGCAAUUUCUUUUCCAAAGAAGAGAUGUCCAGAUUUUUCAGAACUAAAAAAAUCAUACCUCCAACAUACUCUAAGGAUCAGUUGAAUGUUUCUAGAACGACAAGUGUUAGGACAGUCCAGAAAGUUGAUGGUACUGAUCCUGAGUCAGUGUUCCUGGAGGCAAAAAGAUCCAAUGGAUCAGUCAAUGGUGAAAAUGCAUCUCCAAAGCCUCAGAGCUCACCUGUCAUUACAGGGAAUAAUGUCUCUACCACUGUGGUUGAGAGCUUAAGUGACCAUCUUGCACGCAGAUCAAUGAAGGAUGAUAAUAAAAACAACAGUGUUGCUUCCUUAGCCUCCGGUGAUGAUGACUUGUGCACAAUUGAAGGAAACAUGUGUGCUUCUGCAACUGGUGUCGUAAGGGUGCAGUCAAGAAGGAAGGCAGAGAUGUUUCUAGUGCGGACAGAUGGAUUCUCUUGUACCAGAGAGCAGGUUACAGAAUCUUCCUUGGCCUUCACUCAUCCUAGCACCCAGCAACAGAUGCUUAUGUGGAAAUCCUCGCCGAAGACAGUAUUGUUGUUGAAGAAGCUGGGGCCAGAACUCAUGGAAGAAGCAAAAGAGGUACUGAUGCAAAAUAUCCUCAAUUAA